AUGAGGUUGCAAGAACUUCAAGAUGCUAUAAACAAACUUCCAUUGAGACAUCCAAUUGACGUCAAAUUGUAUUGGAGAGCAUCUGAGUUAGGUCAGAAGGUUUUAUAUGAAACAGGUUGCUUCGACGAUGUUUAUGAGAUAACAGGAGAAGUUUCUCAGAAGAUAAGAGACUCACUUGAAUUUCCACAAACUGGACCAAUUGGUUGCGACAAGUUCGACUCAGAUGAAAAGAUAUACUAUGUCGACCUUAACGCUGCAUACAUGAGGUUUGUCCAAUAUAUUCCGACUGGAAUUCCAAACGAAGAUGGUGAGUUCCCGGGAAGGAACUAUACAGUUGGAAAAGUCAUACAACAACUGUAUGAUAUUAGGAAAGCUUCAAACCCCAAACUUGCAAUGACACUCAAAUUGCUUAUGAAUUCGACAUGGGGAUAUUCCAUUAAGAAACCUCAAGAGAUGAAGAGUAAACAUUAUGAGAAGGUCGACAACUUUGUUGAAAGGUUUUCUCCUUUUGUUUUGAAGUACGAAUUCACUCAAGGUCAAAGUGGCUUAGUAACCACAUUAAAACCUAUUGUCGAACAUUGGUCUUACCCUCAGUUCGCAAAGGCAGUCCUUGACAACUACAACAAAUUCUUCUCCGAAGUCAAAUCGAAAGUUGUGGUUUACUAUGAGAACAUUGACGCACUCAUGACGAACGAAGAAGGAUACAACAAACUCAUUGAAAUGGGAAUGGUUGGUGAAAAGAUGGGCUGUUUUAAGCUAGAUAAGGUAUUUUCCGAAGUUCAUGUAAUAUCGAAAAGGAAAUAUUGGGGUAUACUUGAAGACGGCACAGAAAUAAAACAUUGCAUGAAGUAA